ACCUCAGCAGCACGGACACCGAUGUGCCACACGUAAACAGAACUUCAGCGCGGUCGUUAACUGGACGGCAUAACCGCGGGGCGGGGGGAGAAAUCACCGUGACGGAGCGUCCGCCAUGACGGACAUUUUAACACUCGUCUUUAGAACCUUUACGUCACAAACCGACGGAAGUGAGGAGCUCACCGGCCCUCCUACGUCACCGGCGACGUGCAGCGCGCUGCUGGUCGGAGACGCCGGGCUCAGCCGCUCCGUGCUGCUGCUGGCGGCGGUAACGGCGGCCUCGGAGGUGGGGGUGAGGGUGGUGUUCUUCACCCAGACGCGAAUCCAGAGCCUCCCUCCGUGUCUGCAGAAGCGCGUUCCCGGUGUGAGCCCGGAGAGUCUGAAGAAAAUCCUAUUUUCCUAUCCGAGGACGAUGGAGGAGCUGCUUCAGCAGGUGGCCAGGCUUCACGAGCCCACCAACACGUCUCCCGCGCCUCCGUCCCUCAUCGUGGUCGACGGGCUGGAGGGCUUCCUGUGUGAGCGCGGCGCCGGCCUCGCCGGGUUUCACCCGGGGGAGCAGUCCGUCCAAGCCGCACACCUGUCCGCGCUGCUGUGCGACAGCGCCGCCUUCCUCACGCGAGUCCUGAGGAGUCGCUCCCCGGGCGCCGACCCCUGCCGCGUCGUCGCCUCCUUCCAGUCGCCGGGGGACGGAGGCCGAGCCGGCGGGGAGGCCUCGGCCGCGGAUCCCACCCUCGAGGUUCUCGAUCGCUAUUUCCGGGUGCGCUGUACUCUGGACAGAGCCGGGAGCUACGAAGCUGCAGCGGGCGGACUGCACGAGGUGUGGGACAUUUAUCUCUCUGGGACGGGCAUGGCAGACGCUUCUGGUGCCAAAGAGUGUGAGGACAGGCCCGCUGCAGCCCAAGAGUGGAAGCUGUUAAUUCCUCCAGACGGCUUGAUGGAGUUUAAGUUGGUUUGAAAGGGUUUGCAUCAAAGACAGUCGCAGUGAGGGAGAAACCGCAGUGUUAAAAGUUUUAUUUGCAGAAGAUACAACGUGAUGUAAUCUGCUUCUCACCCACUCCAAGAUAAGCUUACAGGACCACGGUGUUGAAGAUACAAAAUGUUUUAUGAGUUUAAUCGGCAAAAAGUUUUGUUAAACACAUGAAGAAAGUCUUGCAUAAUGAAAACAUUUACAUAGAUUACAUAGGUGGUUUUAAGUUGAUAAGUGGUUACCAACGUGUUUGGUUCGGGACCCUUCAAGAUAAAACAAAGUUUAUUUGUAACCAAAGAAAAGAGAAAUUCACAUUAUACACAAAUUAACAUUAUUAUUAUUUUGAAAACCAUAUUAAUUUUGACAUUUUUCUGUCUCCCCUUAUUCGUCCUCUCAGGUUUUCAGUUGAGAAACACUCAUUUACAACAUCGGAGCGAUUGUAUGAGACAUCAGAUUGAAGUGGCUGAUGUCACAGUUAAAGUAUUUCACGAAUAAGAAGAAAUAUAGAAAAUCUUUAUUUUUGAAAAAUAAACAUCACUUUUAGUACAUGAUGUUGUGUCUGAAAAAAACCUUCUAAAUAAAGUACUGAAAGUAUAAA